AUGCCGCAAUUCUGCGCGGCGAUGAGGUGUAGAUACACCAGGCGGCGCAUGGCACCGGGCUCCGCUCUGUUUCUCGUAGUUGUUUUCAGUUGUCUUUUCUUUCUUCUUUUUGUGCCUCCUGCGUUUUCGGCCGAAAUACACCCCGCGGACCGGCAGUGUGCAUCGUUCUCGCGAAUCAAAGUGCCGUUUUUUCUUUUAGACAAAGCUUAUACGUACGACCUGUCUGCGCUCGUCACAGCCGCUCCGCCGACCGGCUGGGUAUGUCAGGCGACGCACACGGCGCCUCACCGCGAGACCUCUCCGCUGCUUUUUGCGAUUUUUUCAUCCUUUCUUGGCGAGCCACCCGUCGGCGCUUCCAAAGGAAGAGUUACGUCGCCGUCUGAGGAUGUGUUUGGCGCCCGCGGAGGCAAACACUCCUCGGCAGAUCCGCACUACGAGCUGGCGGGAGGGGCGCGCGUCUUCUACGCAUUUAAUCCCUGCCGCCUUCUCUCGCAGGACUGCGUGAAUAUCUCCGAGGCGAGCGAAGGUGGCGUUUACGCGAACAGAUACGCAGUUUCGCGGCGCGGUCGGCUCUUUAAGUACAAAGGCCCCGUCGAGGAUGGCAACUGCAUCGGCAACCUUGUCCCGAAUCCCCUUCCGCUUACUCCGUGGCGCGCGGAGCUGAAGAAAAUGGAGGAACAGACCUGGAUGCGGGUCUUUGACGACGCCGCGGACUCGCGCGCAGGCGUUCCUGCACCGGACGGCGUGGUCACGGACGGCGACGACCCUCGCUGGAGCCCGCUCGACGCGCUGGAAGCCGAGGCCGGACUUCAGGCCAUCUUCCGCGUCUACGAACCAUCCUGCCCUGCGCAGAUUAUUCGCGUCAAAGUCAAAAUCGAGUGCGCUGCGGAGGACGCAGCGGCCGACGCUUCGCCCUUCCAUCGCUGCCAGGAGAGCGAUCCGUGCGUGUACGAGAUGACCAUGAAGGCGAAGGCAGGUUGCCCCACGGGCUCGACGACUUAUCGGCCGGCCCUCCCGUUCCUCUCCGAGUCCGACUCGGAGGCAUCUUCAGAUGCCACUGAAAAAGCUGAGAAAGCUUCCACGGCGGCCGCGUCCUCCGUGGAGCCCAAGCGCGCCGGCGCGGCACUGCCCGCGGUGUCCGUCGCGGCAGUGAAGCGCGUCUUGGAGGCGGCGCAGGCAACUGGGAACGGCUUUCUCCUCUCUGAGAUGCGUUCGCUCUCCAGCGCAGGCUUGCUCGACGCGUCGGUAAAGGAGAAGCUGUCUGCGGCGGCGCCGCACGUCCCAGCCGCUCCUACGCUUUCCGCGACUGAGGCGACGCCCCAGCCGACUAGCCUCCCCGCCGGCGAAUCCCGCCCGCCUUCAGUCGCGUCGUCCUCGUGGAUGCUGCAUGCGCCUGCGUCGGUCUCAUUCGCGUCUCUCUCGUCCUCAGUCCCUGGCUCGCUUCGCGCGUUCCUUACGCAUCCCGUGGUGCCGACGCCGCUCGUGGCGGGUGGCGACCCCAGCGCCGAAACCGCGCACAAGUAUGCUCUUCUGCGCAUCGCCCUGUGCGCCCUCAUCAUUUUCGGGGCGUACUGGGCGAUCAAAGACUGGAUUACUCGCGAGUUCGCCGUGCGAGGCACAGGCGGGUCGGCAGCCUCCAAGGGGCUCCCCGGCUCGCUGGCCUCGUCGGCGAGCGCAGCCUCGGCGUCCUUCGCAGGGGACGCGCCGCAUAAAAUUGGGACGCUCUUCGCCGCUGCACAGGGUGCGUGGACUGAGCAAACCGGAGGAGGAGGAGGCUCCGGAAGGCCUGCCGCGGCUGCUGGAGCCAGUGUGCAGACAGCGCGAGCGGGCGGCUACGGCAGUUUCUGCAAAGGGGGGGGCUCGCCCGCGCUUUUCAAUUUCUACGGAGGGGUGAAAACGGCGCAGGCGUCUGCGACGGAAAGUGCGAGGGCGCGCGCAUUCGAGGCGAGCCCCGGGGGGUCCGAGGCCUUCGCGUGGCCUCAGGGUUCAGGUGUACAUACACCUGGCUACGGCGGCGCGGAGGGGGGCGCGACCCAGAGCCGAGCGGAGCGGCUCUGCGUCCCCGAGGUCUUUUCGCUUUCGCCGACGCAUCACGCGGGGAAGCACGACGCAAGCAUACCCUUGGCCGCGUCGCCAGGGGCGGGUCGCGCAGCCUCUUGGCGUGACGGGGAGGAUGAGUGGUUCGCAGACCCGACUCCCGAGGCGGCGGAGCUCCGCGCGAGUCGCGGCUCCACCACGGCGAGCCACGGCGACGACGUGGAGAGCGGUCUCGACGCGGCGCGCGGCGCGACUGGGCUCGGUCUCGGCCUCGAUCGCUGUCCGGGUAGCUUCUUCCCCGAGGAGGACGCGGGCGGCGCGGGCGCCUGCGACGACUUGCAUGCGUGGACUGAGCCUGCCUUCGCGGAAGACACGGCCGACGCCCUCCCUCCGCUGGAACUAGGCGCCCCGCGAGGCGGAGACAGAGACGCCAGACGCCACGACCCAAAGGCGAGCGCGUGA